GAAUGGUUGCUCAUGUUUCUUUUGUACCUGAAGGCCUUUUUGUUCCUCUAAAUACCUUAGAUGUGUUAUUUCCGUAACCAUGGCAGUCCGUUUUGAAGAAGGAGGGGCAUUUGUUAAAGUAAGAGAAGUGUCUCGUGAGAAUACUGCUUGGUAAACCAUGUGGUUUUGUUGUGGUUGGAAAACAUCUAAACAUUGAUACAUAAACAUUCAAAAGCAAACAAGUCAUGCCAUUGUGUAACUUAGUCUAAAGCAUAAUUUAAACUUUGUUCUGAAUCUAAAAUAUGUACAAAAAUUACACAUAAUAGUAAAUUAAUAAAUACAUUUUAUACUAAUUAACAGACUUGUUUUAAGCCUUUUCUGUUUCCUGAAUUGUUGAUAUUGUUGUACUCUAUUUUUUUAUUUAUUUAACAAAUGAUUAAUAUUACUAAUGUAAAUUGCAUGCAAAGCUCAAUGCAUAAGUUGGUCCGCUGAUGUUCACCGCAGCAAAGCUCAGUCUGCUUUGAUCAACUACUUCCUCUUAAUGACUCUACAGGAAAUGCUUAAAUUGUCUCCGCCUACUGUAUUAGAUCUCGCAUCAUUUCCUUAUAAAGAAAAUAACUCCUCUUCUUUGAGGCUCAUGGUUAGUGAUGCUAAAGUUUAUUUUUCUUUAUUACUUUAUUAUUUCAUUUCAUAUUAUUUAUUCCACACUAAUCUUCUCUGAACGUCAGCUAGUUGAAUCUGAGUCUGUUACAGGACAGAUCAUAAUCUAAGAGAUCAGAUGUUGCUUCUGUCUGAGCUUCAUAACACAGAUUUAAAAGUGCUAACUCCUUUUCAAUAAGUGUCAUUAAAUCAGGAUGCCAUACAAUCUGGUGUUUGUUACUCUUGUAUUUGUUUGAACAGAUCACAGGAGCACAUAGUAUUUAUUAUAAAAAAUAAAAAAAUAUAUAAAAAAUUAAGUAAUAUUAAUCGAACAUCAGCAUUAACAGGAAAAAAAGAUUAAUUUGUUAAUUGCUGUCUGAAACAGAAAUCUAAGCUAUACCUAGGAAGAAACGUUCAACUUUCAUAUUGUGUUUCUUAGAAAUCCUUCUGCUGCGAUGCUCCAAUGUGACAAUCUUUCAUCACAUUAUCACUUCGCUGGCAAGGCUUCACUUAAAUUGACUUGUUUUCUUUGCAGCACAUUUGGUUUAGACAUUCUCUAGACAAAUACUUGAAGAACUUGAAAGGCUGGUUGGUCAGUGCCUUUCUGUUUGUUUUGUCGUGUCUUAAUAGCCCUUAUUGCUGAGCACACGCAAAGGCUGCACUGCAUUUCAUCUGUAUAGAAAUGAAGGCUACAGUCACUGUGUUCAUUUUUUUGAGUCUCUUUGGACUGAACUUCAGUCUCUACAGAAAACACUUCUUUGUGAAAGAAAGAAUGACCUGGACAAAUGCACAGACAUACUGCAGAGAGCACUAUGAUGACCUGUCCACUGUCGAUAAAGAAGAGGCACGACAGCUUUCCACUAAUUCAGGAAUCAAUAUUGGAUUUUUUUGGAUUGGACUGCAAAUGAUUUCUAACAACCUAGAAAAAUGGAGUUGGUCUGGAGGUGAGGAUCAAAAAACUGACUUUUGGGACAUUGAGGAACCGAACAAAGGUUUUGAACAGUGUGGCUGUGUAAGAAAGUAUAAUGCUAAACUGCACAAUUUCGAGUGCUUAUUGUUAAUGCCAUUUUACUGUAUGAAGGUCUUUGAGCCCGUUUUGGUGCAUCAGAAUAAAACAUGGGAAGAAUCUCUGAACUACUGCAGACAGAACUACAUUGACCUGGUGAGCGUAAGAUCUCAAAUAUACAUGGAAGAGGUGAUAAAUAAGGCUCUGACAUCCCAGACAGCUUAUGUGUGGACUGGUCUGCGCUUUAUGGUUGCUCAUUGGUUCUGGGUCAGUGGUGAUUAUCUUCAAUAUAAAGACUGGCCUGCAGAAGGGGAACCCCAGUGCCCUGCUAGAAACCUGCGCUGUGGAGCUCUGGAUAGAAGAAGGAACAUUUGGCAACCCAGAGACUGCGAGGAGAAACUCAACUUUGUCUGCCUUAUGAAGCCAUAAAUGUUCUUCAUUCCACACGUUUCUCCACUUGAAAAUAUGUGUCAGUUUGAUUGUUUAUUAAUAUCAGGACUGUAUUCUCAUGCACAUCUCUACCCUUUUAUUAUUUUAUAAACAUUUUGCUUAUUUUAGAACACUGUGUGAGAAGUGAUAUGAGGAUUUUAAUAGAAUUUUAUUUAACUUUUGCUCAUAUUUUGGUAAAUGCUUAUAGCUUACUAAUUUUGCAUAAUAUAAUAUAGAAUUUUUAAGCUCUUGAAUGAUUACCUAUUAAAGUUUAUACUUUUAAAUUGUAGGGAUUGCUUGUUUUCUUUGUAUCAUUGUGUUUUUGUAUUGGGUGUGUAUAUUAUGUGUUGGGUUUCUGUUAACAUUUGUUAAACAAAUAUUUGACUGACGUGCUGA